CCUCCGAUUCAAUCAAUCAGAAAAAUAAAUCUGUUUUCGAUCUGAGAGAAAGCGUCGUGCGAAGAAGAAUCAAAAAGAGAUGGAUGGAUUGAAGGGAUUCUGGGCGGAGAAGUUAUCAUUCCUGGAGAAUUACACGAGGUUCACCAAACGUGACACGCCUCUUCCUUCUUGGUCUUCCUCCGACGUGGAUGAGUUCAUUGCCUCCGAUCCCGUCAAUGGACCCACCCUGAAAACUGCUAGGGAAGCUGCGACUUUCGGUGCUACUGGAGCCGCACUUGGAGCUGUGUCCACUGCUGCUUUUGCUUGGAAAUACUCCAGGAGUCCACAUGGUACUGCACUGUCCUUCUUAGGAGGAGGUCUUUUUGGUUGGACCUUUGGGCAAGAAGUAGCCAACCACACGAUGCAAUUGUAUAAGCUGGACACAAUGGCGGCUCAAGUUAAGUUCAUGGAAUGGUGGGAACGCAAGUCUCAGGGAAGGUCCUGAACCCAAAAAAACAGAGAGACGGGUGCUACUUUCUCGCCCAAGCUUGUCUUGCAAACAACGUGAGAUGGUGGCAGCAGUUAAAUCCAUUUUCAGUCUCUCUUUCGAACCUUUCUUUAUGUUCUCACUCUCGAAACAUGUUUGUUUUCCAUGUCUCAAUAAUUCAACAAGCUCCAUGGAGAAUGCUGAGUAGAUGAAUCGAAACAAACUAAAUGGUCUCAUUUGGAUUCUUAUAAUAAGAAGUUUAUUCAGUGUUAAAUACAACAUAA